AUGGAGAGACGAGCCGCCCAGCAGGAGCCACAGGCCUGUAAUCCCAAAUCUUCCAUUUAUGAGAAGACAGGAGCCAUCUGCUCAGCUGAGAGCAUUAAUGACACCCUGACCCUGUACCGCUGGCUGGUCGGCGCAGCAUCCCAUACGUUUUCAUUAGCAUCUGUUUCCCCAAGUCUGUCAGCCUCUUUGCUUGGCACGGAACCUUUCCCAAGCAAGAUUCAAUAUAUGGGGCCUGAUGACCCUGAUUACCCCAAUCUGAUCAAAAUAACUGAUGAUGCAGCACACAUUCCCGGAAUGCGGACCGUCAUCUCCACGCGGCUUCUGGCCAACUGCAAGCUCACUCCCAGCCCUGAUGGCACCCGUGUGGGCAACCACAAGCGCUCCAAUCUCCUGGACGACAGCGAGCUCUGCAUCAAGCGUGGCUGCACCAGGGCCCACACCAGGUGCCCCGAAGUUCUCGGACAGAGCGCCCCCUGUCGGUACAGCGCCUCCCUGAGAUCGGCCCGCACUCGCUGCUUUUACCAGAACCUCAACCUUCAGGUUGAGGUUCCUCUCUGGGAAUUCAGCGGUUCCUAUGACACGUCGGAACUGCUGACUGAGUGUGGUGGCUGCGUAGGCACUGAUGGCCAGGUCGCUUCUGAGAAGAGACCGUUGGGAAGGGACAGGGGGAAGGUUUGGAGCGGAGAGGCAAUCUGGAUUCUGUAACUGAAGACAGAACAAUCCAUGAAAGUUUUGGA